CCGGCUUAUGUCCGUGGGGCGGGCUCUGGUUUUGCUCAGGCCGUGUGAGGAGGAGAAGGACGGCAGGUCGAGCGUCGUCGUCGCUGAAUUAGGGGCUUCAGUUGCCGCUGUCACCGCACGCACAGGAUGGCGGCUGCCAUGGCGGGUUUUCGUGCUUCUUACCACCGUUUCUUAGACAAGAUCGAGCUUAUGUUGCCGCCCCGGCUGCGCCCUGUGUAUAACCAUCCGGCAGGUCCCAAAACAGUGUUUUUUUGGGCACCUGUUAUGAAAUGGGGUUUGGUAUGUGCUGGAAUGGCUGAUAUGACUAGGCCAGCUGAAAAACUCAGCACUUCACAGUCUGCUGUCCUAAUGGCUACAGGCCUUAUCUGGUCAAGGUAUUCUCUAGUAAUUAUUCCUAAAAACUGGGGUCUGUUUACUGUUAAUUUCUUCGUUGGCUGUGCUGGUGGCUCUCAGCUGUACCGCAUAUGGAGGUAUAACCAACAGUUAAAAGCCAAGGAGCUGGAAAAGCAGCAGUAGAAAUUCUUGUUGAUUUCUUCAAAUCUCAAUGUAAACUACUUCCUAAGGGACCUGGUUUUAAUCCUGUUAAUUGCCCAGUGUGGAUUUUUACUAAAAGUGGUAGAGCAUGUUUUUCAAUAAAGUUAGAAAGCAGCCUGUUCACAUUUCAAUAAACUCUUUAAUUAGC